AUGGAACACUCAGAAAACGGUUCAAAUUUGCACACUGAGAACUCUAACCAAACCAGACCCGGUAACAAUGUUGAAAACACGUGGACCCCACCUAUUGAAAAUGUACCACAAUUAGCAGCCCUUUCCUAUGGAUAUCCUAGAUCAAUAAACUAUGAAAGCGGUGAUUUUCUCAUGCCACCAUCCCUGUCUUCCGACCAUUCCUCUUUUCGACAAAUGUGUUAUCAACAUACCCUCCCUACCGGUGUUCCUCGUGAUGAACCAAUUGCACCAAGUGGACAAACUAAUGGAUCAUACUCACCACACCUCUUCGGAAGUGAGCUUUCUCGUCCCAUCACCUCUAAUUCCAAUUCAAAUCCAGUGGAUUUACAAGUCUACGAGGAGGAAUCUAAUACUCCUUCAGGUGUCUCUGCUGCAAACGGUGGACGAAGAAAGCGUAAACCCUACACCCGACACCAAAUUGAGGUUUUAGAGGCAAUAUUCCAGAAAGAAAAUUAUAUCCGCUGUGAGAAACGGAAGGAAGUGGCAGCAACAUUGAGUUUAUCUGAGAGGCAGGUAAUAUUCGAAUGGCAAUUUAUUAAAUUGUUGUGUACUGUUAAGGUGUGGUUCCAAAAUCGGCGAAUGAAGGCCAAGAAACAAAGAUCAAAGGAAAAACGCAAUAUCAAUAAUGGGUCUGUUACCGAUGAGGACAUAAACCAAGAUGGUCCUAGUAAUUCACCUUUAUUCGACAAUCCGUCUCCAUUAAAAAUUGGAACUUCACCACAAGGAGUACACCACACUGAAACACCACCUACCCUGCCACCUUCGCUGCCUCCCUAUUGUUCCACUUAUCAAAAUUCUCCCUUCCAUGUUAUGCCUACCAACGACUAUGCGCCAACAAACAUGUUUUGUCCCACUAUGCCUUCCGACCAACNAAUUGAAGUUAAGGUGUGGUUCCAAAAUCGGCGAAUGAAGGCCAAGAGACAAAGGGCAAGAGAAACUUGCAACAACAAUAAUGGGUCUGAGACGGACUUGGACUUAAGCCAAGAUGGUCGUAGUAAUUCUCCAUUAUUCACCAAUCCACCUCCAUUAAAAAUUGGAACUUCACCACAAGGAGUACACCACACUGAAACACCACCUACCCUGCCACCUUCGCUGCCUCCCUAUUGUUCCACUUAUCAAAAUUCUCCCUUCCAUGUUAUGCCUACCAACGACUAUGCGCCAACAAACAUGUUUUGUCCCACUAUGCCUUCCGACCAACAGCCUCCACACUUUCAAUACAACGCCAUAAAUACUGCCUAUUUAAGCUUGAAUAGCAGUCCAGGAGUUAAUAACGCUCCAAGAGAAAUCACUCCUGACAGUGAUCGAUCUCAUGGUGGCCUACUCCCACCAAGUAUGAAUGGGAUGGGCAGAAUUCCAGAUGUAAUAUCUCGCCAGUUAGUAAACACUAAUGACAGUGAAGAUCCCAACCAAAUUAAUUUCAACCAACUACCUCAACAGCCACCACCGCCACAGCCGUCACAAUCUCUUCCAGCACAAUUACCACUGACACUACAACAGCAAAGUUCCUAUCUCAGCCCUGCUCCAACAGCAGGAAAUAUCGAAAUCAAUGGUGGCCAUAGUACCCCUCCAGUGGCACAUGCCAACACAACAUACUCUGGAAUGAUGGAAAACACCAAUGAAACCAAUCGGAAUUAUGAAAUGAUAUACUCUGAUUACCUUCAUGGAACGACUUUUUCAUAUCCUCCUCCUGCACCUGGCUACUUCUAUGAAGCUAACCCAACGACAAAUGUUCAGUUCAAUUCAAAUAUGCAGUUCACAAGCUUUCAGUCGUCUCCUUAUUACUCAUCGCAGAAUAUCAAUGCACAAGCACCGUCGUAUUCACCGAACGACCACAAUUCAUCGCAGCCGCCAUUUCACCCGAAUUCGAACCCUCCCAACCGCUACUCCAGCUAA